AUGUCCUCGACAGUGAUUUCAUUGGCUCAUUUCUGCGACAAGCAUGGCCCAAGGAUCAUAUCAGUUACACAAUCCGCAGAAAAGGGAACGCUAGGUGAAGAAUUACUAGUGCCUGAUUAUCCAACUGAAUCAUAUUGCGAAUCAUGUCUUUUACAGUUUCCUGAAGAGUCAACUAGAUCGAUGCGGUGCUUCAUCGAAGAUGUUCCGUUUAUAACUACCCAAUAUUCUUCUAUAAGAUACCAAUUGCUAAAUUCUAUUAUUAAAAGAGCCUUUUCUGAAGAAACAAUGAUUUAUGAUAAUAUGCCUUUUAUAUUUUUUGAUGAUCUUAGAGGAUUGAACUUAGUUAUAGGCUUUAAACUGUAUGAUGAAAAUGCUAGAGGCAAUGAAAGAAGAUAUUGUUUUAUUUUAACAGUCGAUUCCAGAAGCCAUGACGAUUCUAUGAAAAUGUUGAGUGAACACUGGAACUUUAUCAUCGGUGGAUUUGAUAAAAUGAUUGCAUAUAUUAAAAACAUUCAUAAAAGCGAAUUCUUGGGGAAAAAUAAAACGGUGGAAAACAAUUUGGAAACAUUGAAUAAUAACGCUUUCAUUGGCUCAUAUUUACGUGCAAACAAAUCUAAAUUCGGCCGUAAUUUGGUGUCUCUGACGGAUGAUAAAUUUCUCUUCGUGCGAAUACAUAAAUGGAAUUCAUUUUUACUCCAUACAGUAAUGAAUGAAAAUAAAUUACCUUGA